ACCAAAAAUGAGGGGCGGCUCUCGAAGUGGGCUGCGCGAACCGCAGACGGGUUUUGUCUGGUGCCAGCAUUUGGAUUGAGUGGGCGGCGGCUCCAAGCCGACUGGACACGGCCUUCAAUGCUUGGAAUUGGAAUGGGUAUUGGAUUUGAUGGGACUUCAAUGUUUACUCUGCACAGCGAGGUCUGCACCAUGCACCAUGCAUUGACGCCCGCUGACCGCCGACUCACGCCCCAAACAAACCAGCCUUAGCCCGACGACUGCCUCGCCCUGCGACCUCAACCUGCUUCCCUCCCAGCCCAGAGCGCCUACAAUGACCCCAUGGCUUCCAUCCAGACCACCUCCAUCCUGGCCCGCGCAAGGCCAGGCCGCCUGCAUGCCGCCCGCGUGCUCGUGACGCCGUCCGCCGCCAGCUCCAAUGCCGCGCCAGCGCCGACCCCAGCGGUCCUGCCCGCGCCGCCCGUCUCAACGGCUGCGCUCUCCGCCGCCGUCCUGGGCAGCUCCAACAUCUCGCUCUUUUUGACCAACCUCCGCUUGCUCGACCUCGACCUGCUGCCUGACUGGCCCGACAUCAAUCCUCUGACGUUUACCAACAAGGACAUCGCCCAGGGCCAGAAGAAGCGCAUCCAGUCGGUUGAAUGGGCUCUCUACCAGCUGUUCGACCUUUGGGACGAGGAAGAAACUCGGGUGAAGCUCCAGCCAUUCUUCCCUCCCAUGGACCAGGUCCAGUCCAUAAACCUCCGUGCCGCCCUGCUACGAUGUCUCGAGAACGCCAAAAAGACGGGUGUGCUCGGCCGCGACGCCGUAGUGCGCAAAACCAUGCUAGACGAGUGCAAAGGCGAGCGCCUCGAGGAGGUCCUGGCCGUCUUCUCGUCCGCCGUCCUCAAGAAGCUCGCCGCCGAGGCUCACCUCAACGACCCCACCACUGCGCGCGAGACCCCCGCCAUCUCCCAGGUUCUCGCCCUGGAGAACCGCGGGUACUCGGUCGACUCGUCGGGCGAGAUCGCCACCCUCGUGCUGGCGCAUCGCGUCUCCCUGUCACGCCUGCUGCGGGAAAAGGCCGAGGCUCGGCGCCGCUACGGCGAGCUCGCUCAGCUGCUGGACCAUAAGGAGAAGGUUAUCGCAGAGAGGACCGCCCAGGCCAAGGCUCGAUCAGCCGACUCCAAGACCAGGACAGGUGCCAGGCCCAUGUCCGAGAACGAGAAACUGGCUCUCUGGCGCGCUGUGCGCAACAACUGGACUGGCAACGAGCGUUGGAUGGAGACGUUGCUGUAUGGCGACACCCACAGGGACGGUAUCCUAACGGCGCCGUUUGACCGCGUGUGGAGGCGGACCCGCACCGGCCGCCUGGCCGAGCUGGAGGAAGAUGGCAAAGACAAGGACGGCCAACUCCUGGCCCAGCUGGACGGCCGCGUCCAGGCGCAGAAGGACCGCCUCAAAAAGUGGCAAGACUUUCGCAAAGACAUGUUCGGUACCGACACAGCCCGCCAGGACCGCGAGCAGAAGAGGAAAUCGCUUGGUCCGGCGGGCCUGGACCCUGCUCCGGCGCAAAAAGGCAUCGACUUUGGCUUUGGGGAGCAUGAAAGUCUGCGCCUUGGGAGUGCGAACCCGAAGAGCCUAUCAGUCAAGGCGCAGGCGCUGAAGCCUGAGUACGUGACGAUUGUUGAGGAUUUGCGGCAGGAGUUAGACACUAUCAGCAAGGGCGCGGCAAACCCGUUCGCCGGGGCGCUGUUGCGUUCUCUCCCAGCUGGGUGGAACAAAGAUGCAGACCCGACAUGCGCAGAUGUGGCUGAAGAUAGUGUUCCCGAGCCUGCGGAAUUAGAAGAGGAACGUCCUCUGGCGCGGCCCCGAGCCGCUACCCAGGGUAGGGAAUGGACGCACAAACGGGCGGAGGAGCCGGAGCCGGAGCCGGAGCAACGCAGCCGCGGAGUUACCCAACCCCUGCGGCGGACGACCAGCACACGCGAGGUCCCGCGAGAACCAAGGAAUCAGGACGGGGCCCGUGCGAGACCCGUGUCGCUUGUCCUCGAUCAUAAUACCAGACUACCAUCUACAGCAGCCGCUGGGAAUAGGACUGCAAGGAACGGGGCUGUUGCUUCCUCGGGAGACCGCAGGAAGAAUGUGUCACCAACCAGGGAUUCCGUCCAGGAGUAUCGGAUCCAAGAAGCCGUGCCGGAGCCACGCACGCCGUCCCCUCCAAGGUCACCCCCGCGAAGAUUGGCACACCGUCCUGCGCAGCCAUCACAACAGCCGAUGGCUGAUUCACGGGGCCAACAAGAUCAGGAGCCAGAGGCGCGCCCUGCACCCUCGCAAACGCAGCAGCUGGCUGACGAGAUCCUCGAUUGCAUGGAUAACGCCUCCCCUUCUCCCGAAAAGAAGAUUAGGCCACGUCACACGCUGUCGCUCGCCGAGCGCACUCGCAUGUCCAUGGUCCGCGGCCCCCAGGCUACCGGUCCGGUCGACGCAGACGAGGACGACGAGACCUACAGGCUCCGACUCAAGCGGGCUGACAACAAUGCCCGGGAGGAGGCGCUGAUCAAAGAAGCAGCCGAGGAGGACGAGGCGGCCGACGACCUGGUGGCGCGGACGCGGCGCAGCAUGGCCAACUUUGAGGCCACACGCCAACAGGUGCAGUUGGAGAGGCGCCGCUCCCAGCGCAGGGCGGCGCGCGAGUCGGCGGUCGGGCACCAGCAGCACCGCAGGAACGGCGGCGGAAGCGUGGUGGCCACGAUGCCGACCACGGCCGAAGAGAGGCAAGGCGAUGGGGAGGGGGAGUCGGUGCUCGUGGACGAGAUUAUACAGCGGGGACUGGACGAGGAUUACGCGGCCGUGUUUAUGAGUCGGCCCAAGAUCAAGACCAGCCCGAUGACGAGCCCAACGAGGCUGUGGGAAGAGUGAGGUGACGGGGUUGGGCCGAGGCCGGUGAUGGUCAUGUGCGGAUACUCCAGGGUUCCAAGAAUAGUGCAAACGAAUAGGCCAUGCUAAAACGAACUUAUGAGACAUCCGACCUUCCUGUGCUUCGCACCGGUCCGCACAUAGCAUGCGAAAACAGGAACCAAAGAUCGCAUCUUGCUGCCUAUUCAGCUACAGCUACAAUUUUUAUAUAUACAGACCCAUCUCGUCGGGGUCGGAGUCGUGCUCCUCGUAGCGGAUACCCGCCGACAUUCCCACAUCCACACACUCCCCCCCUCACCACCCCUGCUUGGCC